AUAAACUUCCGUUGAAAAUUCCGCCAUGGGGGAAGAGAUAGAUGUGAGAUGGUGAGUAAGCCAACAGCUACUUAUAUAGAGAAGGGAUAGAAUGAGGAAGAGAUAAGCAGCUUCAAGGCAAUGGAGAAGGUAUCCAGCUUCUUGCUUUGGUCCAGCAUCUUAUUGCCUGCUGCACUGAUUUUCCUCCUGGUGCGAAAAAAGCGCAAGAACGUUGGCAUCAGAUCUCGGCCACGACCCCCAGGGCCUCGAGGAUGGCCUGUCGUGGGCAAUAUGUUCGAUCUGGGAAGCGUACCCCACCUGACCCUUGCUGCCCUCCGCCAAAAACACGGCCCCGUCGUGUCGCUUCAGUUUGGAUCGAUGAAAACCGUGGUAGUACUGUCGGCAGAAGCUGCUACAGAGUUAUUCAAGAACCACGACCUGUCUUUUGCCGGCCGUACCAUCACAGAGGCUAUGAGAGGUUGCAGCUUCAACGAGAGUUCUAUGGCUCUAGGCCAAUACGGUCCUUACUGGCGUGCGCUGAGACGGAUAUGCACGACGGAGCUGUUCAUCAACAGGCGCCUCAACGAGACAGUUUCCAUACGAAAUAAGUGCGUAGAUGACAUGUUGAGGUGGAUAGCUGAGGAAGCAGAAGAGAAGGGUAGUGUGGAAGUGAUCCGUUUUGCAUUCCUUGCCGUCUUCAACUUGGUCAGUAAUCUCAUGCUCUCCCGCGACCUGUUGGACCCACAGUCGAAAGAAGGAGCGGAGUUCUUCCGUUUGAAUUCUACAAUGGCAGGGUUGAGUGGAAAGCCUAAUGUGGCAGACUUCUUCCCCUCAUUGAGAUGGCUUGAUCCGCAGGGUAUAAGGAAGAAAAUGGAUGAGUGCGUGGGGCGUGCGUUGGAAAUUGCUUCAGGGUUUGUGGAAGACCACAUUCAAAACCAGAGCUUAGGUGAAGAGAUUGGGAAGAAGGAUUUCUUGGAUGUGCUGUUGGAAUUCAGAGGAGAAGUUAAGGAGCGUGUCGAAAUCUCGGAUAGAGAUCUCAAAGUGCUGAUACUGGAAAUAUUCUUAGCUGCUACAGACACAACAACCAGUACUAUAGAGUGGGCGAUGGCUGAGCUCCUUCGCAACCCUGGAUUAAUGAGCAAGGUCCAGGCAGAGCUAGACCAAGUCGUGGGUCGAGGCAUAAAGAUUGAAGAGAAGCAUAUGGAAGGCCUGCCAUAUCUAAAUGCCGUUAUAAAAGAAACACUGCGAUUGCAUCCUCCACUUCCUUUCCUGAUACCACGCAGAGCAGUAGAAGAUACUGAAUACAUGGGAUACUCAAUAGUUAAGGACACACAGGUUCUUGUACACGCAUGGGCAAUAGGAAGGGACCCGUCUUGGGACGAUCCCUUGUCCUUCAAGCCCGAGAGGUUCUUACAUUCAGAUAUUGAUUAUCGGGGGCACCAUUUUCAGCUCAUCCCCUUUGGAGCUGGGAGACGGAUGUGCGCGGGCCUUCCUUUAGCUGACCGGAUGCUUCACCUUCUUCUCGGCUCUCUGCUUCAUUGUUUUGACUGGACUCUUGAUGGAAACGUCAUGCCAGAGACGUUGGAUAUGGAGGAGAGGAUGGGAAUCACCUUGCAUAAGGCUAUCCCAUUGAAAGCAAUACCUAAACCCCGAAUGGCAUAGAAUAGAAUGCAAUCAUAAAGGCAGAAUAAUGUAGAAACACAUCAGUUCAUCCUUAGGUUGCCCAUUAUGUGAGUUCCCGCAACUAAAGACCUAUGAAAAUAAGUAAAAAGAAAAGAACGAGGAAGAAAAUCAAGAGAAGUUUUAAUGUUACUGGUAUUGGCAAGAUAUUGAAGUAGGAGCAGCAAACUAAGUAGAAGGUUGUUACAAUUUCAACUCCAUUCCAUGCUCCUAAAAGCACCCUUGUGGCCCAAUGAAAUGUUUCAAGCGGCUUGUUUCAUUAA